ACCAAUGCAGGGGCCUCAACUCGGUUAGGAGCCCUAUAUACACCAGCGCCACAACCUUGACAGCAACAAAUUGCCCCAGGGCCAGAUUUUGAUCCAGAGAAUGGGUGCCGGCCGUGGCGGCUUGCGCCUUGCCCCCAAACAGGUCCAGCAAGGUAAAAUAGCGAAACGGAACUUGGGCUGGCUGCGCCCCUUCCUCCUCGUGAACGGCUUCCUCGUCGCCCUCGCGUCGGCCGUCGACCGGCUGGAAGCGGCAAUGGGGCCGUCGUUCCUCGCCUGCCUCGCCGCUUGCGCGCUGCGCGACGCAUUCGUGGUGCUCUUCCUCGACGUAGCGACGGCGGGCAAGGCCCGACUGAAUGACCGCGCGCGGCCCUCACGAAGCCAGGUCAAAGACGCCUGGCGGCGGCUCUUUCUGGUCGCAGCGCCGGUCGACGCGAUCACGCUCUGCCUCGCGCGCCAUCUGGGCUGGGUCGGCGCCCCGCGGCCCACGUCCUACCUACGCUUCGUCGCCGCGUCUUUUUGUUUCGAGGUCUGUUUCGACCUCGGGCACUACUGGACGCACCGCUUCGCGCACGCCUGCGCCCGGCGCCGCAGCGGAAUCGCGAAGGCGUUCUUUAACGCCCACGCGGCGCACCACGCCCACGCCUCGGGGCUGGCGCCCGUGCUGGCCUACGCCCAGGCGCCGCUCGACGUCGUCGUCUGCAACGCGCUACCGGCGCUGGCGGCGCUCGCGGCGACGGGCCGGCUGCUGGACUCCGUCACGCUCGUGUGGGCCUAUAAGGCCUACGUCGAGGCGGCGGGCCACGCCGGCUGCGAGAGCCGCGCGACGUCGUUUCCCCAGUGCGUCUGGCUACCGCGGUAUCUCGGCAUCGCGCUGCGGACGGCGGACCACGACGCGCACCACGGCGCCGCCGCGGUCAACUUCGCGAAGCGGUUCACGCUGUGGGACCGCGUGUUCGGUACCUACGCCACGCCCUCGCCGAACGCGCCGCUCCGCGCGCCAAGCUUCGAGAAAUCCGUUGGAGGAUAACUAUGCUAUUGUCUGAACAAAA